AUGGCUACCCGCGGGCCGCCUCCGUCGUCUUCGUCAUCCGGAUCCGUGACCGUGACGAUCGACCCCUCCCCUUCCUCCUCCGCCCCCGCGGCCGCCCCGCCGCCGCCGGAGACGGUGGUCCUGCGGCUGAAGCGGCGGGCGAAGAAGAAGGUGUCCUGGAAGGAGGGGACCGUCGACAACGAGUCCCUCGGCCGCAAGAGCUCCAAAAAGUGCUGCAUCUUCCACAAGGAGGUGCCCUUCGACGAGGACUGCAGCGACGACGAGGCGGACGGCGGCCGCCGGAAUCCGCAUGGGGACGCCGGCGAGGGUUCCAGCGGCGGCAAGGGCGGCUGCUCUUCCUCCUCCCACGGCCAUGAACACGGCCACAGACACCACCACUGA